AGGAUAUCGCAUUGGGAAUCUUACCUCAAACUGUAGAGAAACCAAACCUAUCUUCUCAGCAUGAAAAACUGCAGAAAUCCAAGUGGAUGAGCUAACAAUUUGUAUUAGAAGAAAGCAAGAAGAGAGGAGAAGGUUCUAAGAACAAUGGUUCUCUCUCCCUCUCCUUCUCUCUCCAUUCCCAACUCUUCUCUUCUUCCACACCACCUCUGCUUCAGAAAGCAGGCGAGAAGUAUGCUAAACCACAAGAAAUGUAGAAUACAUGGGAAAUUACAAGGAAUUGCAUGUGCUACUUCAACACCCACUUCGCAAAAUGGUUUUUGCAGAAGGGAUUUGGUGCUCUUCGGCCUAUCUUCUUCAUUAUCUAUAAUGUUACCAUCUUUAGAUUCUCUGGCUGAGGAAGAGUUGAAAAUGACUUCACUUGUUGAUGAUGUAAAUUCUUAUUCUUAUUUGUACCCAGUGGAGUUGCCAUCUAAGAAGUUCCUCUUUAAAUGGGUGGAAUCUAGGAAGCCGGAACGCUAUUCGUCAGCCGCACCACUGUCUCCUGAUGCACGCUUGCGCAUUGUUUCAGAGCGUGUUGACAUUAUUGAUAACCUCAUCAUAUCUGUCUCGAUAGGUCCCCCAAAUUCACAGUUUAUAAAAACAACGGACAAGAAGACAUGGACUGCAAAAGAUGUUGCUGAUUCUGUUUUGUCUGACAAGUCUGCCUUGCGAGUAACCUCGAGUCAGCGCAUGGCUGAGAGUUCAGUUCUUGAUGCACAUUCUAGUGAAAUUGAUGGGGAGCCAUACUGGUAUUAUGAGUACCUUGUUCGCAAAUCACCUACAAAAACUGCUCAAGAAUCAAACCUUUUUCGACAUUAUGUUGCGUCAACAGCUGAAAGAGAUGGUUAUUUGUACUCUCUAAAUGCUUCAACCCUUAGCAGGCAGUGGAACAAGAUGGGGCCAUUUCUGGAGAAAACUGUGGCUUCUUUUCGCCUUAUUCCUCCCACGGAAAACUAUGUUCCUCCUUACAAGGAUCCAUGGAGAUUUUGGUGAAAUAUUUUACUUUUGGUCUAAAUACUCUUUUGAUUCUUAAACAAUUUAAAGGUUAGUCAUAGUUUCCCCUAGGUUGGCAUUUUGUCCGAGAGGAAAUUGUUUUAAAAGGCAUAAGAACAUCUACUACAUGCAAACGUUAAUGGCUUGUUCCAUUGGCUCUCAUGGAAUACAAUUCUCUUUUCAUUUUAA